AUGGGCCCCUAUGGCCGGCGACACACCCUCGACGACAGAGGCCGGCAAAGUGUGCGGGGCUCUUCCCGCAGAGCAAACUCUUCGCCGGAGGCGUCUCGGCCAGAGGAUCGAGAGCCGCGGCGGCCAACUCCUGCUCAGGCCAGAGUCAGCAGGGAAGACUCCUGGACCCGCGGUGAUCCAUCGUGGCGCGGCCGGGAAGACUUCGACGAGCGAGGCCAGUCGAUACGGCUGCACCCAAGCGAGAGCAAGUGGUACGACGAUGGCUGGUACGACCGCGAAGACAGCAGGACGGUCGCUCAGAUUGGCGUGCAGACAGCCAGCAUGGUGCUGCCCGCCAAAGAGGACCAGGAUGAGAAGCCACCCCUUUACGUCGUGACGAAGCCCAUUCGGGCUGAGAAAUGGAAAGACAGGAGGGUGAUGCGCAAAGCAAAGAAGCUCGCGGCCAAGGAGAUAGAGCGUGCUCGUCGAAAAGAGCAAGGCCUGGAGAGCGACGAGGAUGACGAGGUUAUCAUGGACGACGGCAAGGAUUACAAGCCGGAGCCUGUGGCUGAAGAGCCAGCAGAGACGAAGAAGGGCAAGAAGCGAAAAAAGAAGAAAAAGGGCCAGGAAGAUGGAGAGGAGGCAGAGGAAGCCAAAGACGCGGGAAAGGCUGCACCUGAGGCUGUGGAGCCUCCUGCCAAGAAACGAAAGAAGAAAAAGAAGAAGGAAAAGGCUAAAGAUGCGACGGGAGAAGCCGCGCAAGACGAGGAGGAGGAGGAAGAUGAUGAAGAUGAGCAAGCCGAUGCGGCCGAGGACGACGCACCGGAGACAGAGGAAAACAACGGGGGUCCUCCGGCAGAAGACGUGCAGAAUGCUAUCCACAGUUCUGGCUUCUUCAGCGACACCCGCUUUGAUUCUUUAGAGAUCUGCGAGCCGCUGAAGAAGGCUCUCGCGGAGCACAACUUUGAGCGCAUGACCGAGAUCCAAGCAAAGUCGAUUCCCCAUCUUUUGAAGGGGAAGGAUGUUCUUGCAGCAGCAAAGACGGGCAGCGGGAAGACACUGGCAUUUUUAGUACCUGCCUGUGAUCUGCUUUACAACGUGAAGUUUCUCCCAAGAAAUGGAGCUGGUGCGAUCGCAAUUUCGCCAACGCGGGAGCUCGCAAACCAGAUUUAUGACGUUCUCAGAAACAUCUCGAAGUACAUGUCUCAGUCAAUUGCCGUUUGCAUUGGAGGAAUGAAUCGGAAGCCGGAAGCUGAAAAGCUAGCAAAGGGCGUCAACAUACUGGUGGCAACGCCCGGACGUUUACUGGAUCACAUGCAAAACACCAAAGGUUUCGUGUUUCAUAAUCUGGUGAACUUGAUCAUCGACGAAGCGGAUCGAAUAUUGGAGGUCGGCUUCGAGGAGGAGAUGAACCUCAUUAUCAAGAUGUUGCCGAAGAAGCGACAGACAUCCUUGUUUUCGGCUACACAGACAAGAAAAGUGGCUGAUCUGGCCAGGCUCUCUCUUAGCAAGCCGGUUUUCGUCGAAGUCAAGACCCAAGACAACGUUUCGACGGUCGCAGGCUUGACUCAAGGCUACGUAGUCUGCCCGGCCCAUACCCGGUUUCUGUUGCUCUUCACCUUCCUGAAGAGAAACAAAGACAAGAAGGUCAUGGUCUUCAUGUCUGCUUGCAAUUCCGUUAAGUUCCAUGAUGAGCUGCUGAACUACAUCGACCUUCCUGUGAACUGCAUACAUGGUCACAAGAAGCAGUCUGCAAGAAGUUCGACGUUCUACCAGUUUUGUGCCGCCGAGACGGGAAUCCUUCUUUGCACAGACGUCGCAGCGCGCGGCCUGGACAUCCCGAAGGUGGACUGGAUAGUGCAGUACGAUCCGCCAGAUGAGCCGAAGGAGUACAUCCACAGAGUGGGGCGGACUGCCCGUGGGGCUUCUGGUAAGGGCAAGGCCUUGCUCUUCCUCAUGCCUGAGGAGCUUGGCUUUCUGCAUUAUUUGCGCCGUGCCGGCGUGCCCGUGGCCGAGUACAGCUUCCCCUCAAGUAAAGUGGCGAACAUUCAAUCGCAAUUGGAGCGCGUCAUCGAGAAAAACUACCACCUCCACAGGAGUUCGAGGGAUGCGUACAGAUCGUAUAUGCACGCGUAUGCGGCCCACAGCCACAAAGACUGCUUCGAUGUGCACAAGCUAGACCUUGCCCAGGUUGCAAAGGCAUUUGGCUUUGCACACCCUCCCAAAGUGGAGCUGAACCUCAAGCACACAGCCAGGAAAAAGGCAACAGGCACCAAGGGUACCCUGAAGAAACAGCUCUCGGCAAAGUCCUCCGGGCACCAGUUCUCAGCGGACAACCCGUAUGGAAAGCGGGAUGCCGGCGACAAGAGGCACAAGGCGUGGCCAGAUGCCUACACAAGAAGGGGCGACAGUCGUCCCAGGUCUGCGGACAAACGGUGGGCUGAAGGAGAACGGCCGUCGGGGCGGCGUGCUUCGAGGCCUGCUCGCUCCUGGCGGAGUGGAAGCGCAUCACGCAGCCGCAGCCGCAGCGCAACCGUUCCAAAGGAUGGUUAUGGCUAUGGCUACGGGCACAGCCGCAACAAAGGUUUGCGAGCCCCGGCGCCGGCAGGGGUGCAAGUAGCUCCGAAGGUGACCAAUGGACAAAAGCGGACGGUUCCCAGACCGAAGAAGAGACUCAAGAAGUCUGCGAAGUCUGGACCUGGCGCUCUGGUCGCCGCCGGCCCCAAAGGUGGCGCACAGCACCUCGCAGAGGACGGCGAGCUUCCAACGCUGCAACAUGACCCUUAUCAGCUGCUCGAUCCGACAGAUCCGAUCCUGCCACCGAAGGCCAACCUUGUCUUUGCCGCCUCGGUUCCGGGCCUCGCGGAUCCGCUUGGCUCCUGGGCCGAAAGAAGGCCGAGCUUGGAGAUCUGCCUGGGAGAUAUCUCCAAAGAGACGAAGGUUGCAACGUGGAAUGAAUCCGCAGGCAGUUCUAGAGGAUCCUGCUGGAUACCAAGCGGGCAAGAGUGUCCGUGGCGCUUUGAUGACGCCCUCAGCUUCACAGCCUCAGCGGCAGAAUUGGACAUGCACUCAGCUUUGAGCUUUCGUCUUCGAGUCCAAAGUGACCUCUCGCUGGGUGUAGUGACAGUGAAACUUCCAACAGAUAUUCGUGCUGUGGCCACCGCCGAUCUUCUGCGGCAUGUGCUGCCUAUAUGCAAUCCCACGCAGCCUGGCGAGAGGUUCCGAUACCAAAGUUCGGUGCAGAUGGUUACUUUAAAGGCAGUAGACGGAUCCGAAGCCGGUUCCAUUGCAGUUCUUUUCGCCCUGGAUGCAAAUCCCAAAGAACUGCUAGCAGCUGCUGCAAGCAUGACCGCUGCUACGAAGCCGCUCUUGCGAAGAUCGGAAGCACCCGCGCGGCCAGCAUGGUGGCUUGAUUGCUGCAGCUCAGAGCAGGGGCGGCGAGUGUGUGCAGAGCACUGCGCCGGAGAUCAGACUGAACAGGAUGGAGACACUUCCUUGAAUUUGCCAACUCUUCUGCGACGGCCCGAACCCCCAUCACUGCCGUCACCAGAACAGGCGCCGGAUGGAUGGAUCUGUCGGCGCGGACCCGGGGGACGAAUGUUUUGGCAUCACAAAGCCCUGGGGCCUGCACCAUGGGAAGCUGUACCGUCUGGCUUGAAGAACAACAGGGCCUUUCACAGGUCCAUCAUGGGGAAGGUCGCAGACCUGUCGGAUCUACCUCAAAGCUCAGACUCCAUGCUCUGA